GUAUACUACAUGUUAAUGAUUGUCAAAACAAAAUCUGAUGGCAGAAUUAUGGUUGGCUUCCUUUCACUCCAGAUUAUUGUCAAAACAAGAAACAAAGUCGGGAAAACCUCGGGCAGGGGUCAUCGCGGUAGGAGAACCUCCAGUAGAAGAGGGUACACCUUCAGCAACUACACGGCCAUCUACACCUUCGACGGCCAGUUUGUCAACACCUGUCAGGUUUCGGCCAUGUCGCCCGUCAGAAGGAGUUGGAUUACAAUCUGUGAUAAUGAAAAAGUUGAUUGCCCAGCGCCAGCAACAGGAUGCCAUUCUAAAGAAACUUGACGUCGCCAAUCAGCGCAUCAUAACACCGGAGACUCUGAUCCGUAAGGGGAACUGCAACACAGACACCAUCAUAGACAUCGCGAGGAGCUACUCCACCAAGCUGCCUGUGUCGGAGCCAAGGGAGGAAACAUCUGCAGAUCCCACAGGAAUCCCAGACGAGUAUGCCAUAAGUGAAUCAGAGUUGCGCAAUAUGGAAUCAAGGAAUGGUGGGAACUUUGCGGUACAUCUUACCAGGAGACUAUGGCCCGAGCUUUUUGGAGAAGGAAACAUCCGAUUCAAUUACAAUUGGUAUGGUGGUGGGCAAUUGAAUAAAGAGGAGAUGGACCCGAUAAGGAAAGAAGUUUGCAAGAAGUAUGUGUGCUAUUUUAACCCAGAGUUCAAGGUCGAGGAAUCCUGGAGAGAACGAAUCGUCCCGACGCAACGAUAAAAGGAAGCGAGGUGCCAAUGUGACCAGGACCGCCUUACCCCCAAUGGAGCCCGUAUGCCUAGAUGAUGUAUUUUCAUUCCACGAAUGAUAUAUUAUGUGAUUUCUUGAGUGUGGUUCUCUUGAUCUAUUUGUUACUUUCAAAUGACCAUGAUCAGAUGUAUUUAUGAAUAAAUUGUUUUUCCAAUA